AUGACCGAAGUCGGUGGGGUAUUCGUACCUCAAGCAAUAGCACCACUGUUCUCGAUGCCUCAAUCGACAAUUGACGAUGUUCAAAACACCACAACGUCUCCAAUUCGUUCUCAACCGUUUUCGUACUCGAAACCAACUCCCGGAGGUCCAAAGCUUCAUCAGAGAAUCAAAUGUCCUAGGGUAGUUCCACUAUCGUUCUGGUCAUCGUUGGAAGACGAAGAGGAUCUCGACGUCCCGUUGCCACCCGAACCGGAAAUGCCGCAAACUGUACAUCUUCAGUACAACUCCCCAAUGGGAUUGUAUUCCAAAGAGGCAGCUGUUGAGCAAUUCCAGCAGCAAAUUGGCGAAACUCCACAGGACUUGCCAGCCCAGGAUAAACAUUUCGAUCCCUCGAAAAGUGCAACUCUCAAGUACUUGAAGGAAGGCGAACGAGAGAAUUUUGGCGAAAACUUUUUCGAAAAAGUAGCUCAAGCCGAGGCUCCACGCGUCCCUUAUCAAUCGGAGCCAACUUGGGCACGAACUGCAAGAGAGAAAAGCGAACGAGCUCGCAGCAAAACUCCAGCUGACCCACAUCAAGCAUACCGCCCAGCUAGCUCUCCAGCCCCAGCCAACCAUCCAAUCCAUGCUGAAAAUGCUCGUGAGCACGCUGAAAAGAGCAGAGUAUUCACUCAUAACAUUAACGAACCAUACGGAAGAUCCUAUUGGGAAGCCAGUCACACCCUUCCAAGAUACCGAAGAAGCCACUCUGCUGGACAUGAUCUUGCCAAUCGAGGAUACGAAUUGGGAGGAAUGGAUUACACUGGAGGAAUCCAUGUGGACCAUGGAACUGAUUAUCAAUACUACGAGGAACCGGCUAGAAAGCCGCAACCACCAAAGUUGCCACCUGGUUAUGAACUAGGAGGAACUGAUUUUUAUCGUGGACAUGUUUCUGGAGAUGCCAACUACCGAGGACACGGACCGGAUCCACCAAGACUUCGUCCAAAGUACACAGCAGAUGCUCAUGAUCCAUGCAAUGUAGCUAUGGCUCCAAAUCUGGAAGGGGUGAGUCUAUGUAUUAAACGAAAAUCACAGUUGAAUCAGAAAAUACUACAGUUUUAUUUCCCAUAUGAAACAGUAGACGCGAACUUACUCGUCGGAGACACCCUUUCCAACCAAAAGAUCCGUCAUGAGGUCCGUCACAUCGACCAGACCAAAUUCGGAACAUCCUUCGGUCCAACCCAAGGAUUCACCCACGAUCAUUCCACGAUGCCUCGCUACGCGGAACCUCCGAAGCCAGUUGUAUAUUCUCUCUCAGCCAAUAAAUCAUUGGCUCGAUCGGCAUCUGUGCCCCGUUCAUCUGCUCCACCAGACCAACACAAUGUAUGGAAUGUUCAACAAUCGGAAGUUGAUAAGGAGGUAAAAAAUGAAAAGGUGAACAUUCGAACAUUACUGAACGACGAGGCUCUUCGAGCACCGAAACGUGAGCAAUCGCCGUAUUGGGCGGGACAUUCUGAGCAGAAACAUGAAGCGUGGCGAGGAAGAGUUGAUCCACGACUUCAGAGAUAUGAGACAUACAUCACCGAGCCAAACUGGCGUCGCAACGUCGACCAACGUCGUCUGGCUUGGGAACGUCGUGCUUUCGAAACCGAACAAAAAUUGAGCCGCCCGUAUUCGGAAAAGGUGGCGCCAGGCGUGCCUCCGGCCUGGCAUGCUGAGGCACAACACAAGCAUCAUCAGUGGCAGCAACAGGCGGAUAAUAUGAACACUCAAAGCUACACCUACUCGAACACCGGUUAUCAACCAUCCCAACCAGCUGGUGGACAACAAUCUUACAAUGAAACGAGACAGUAUUCAUCGAACACCACUUCGAACUAUCCAUCUCAAACUCAACAAUACCAACAACACCAAAACCAAUAUUCGUCUCAUUCGGAUCAUUCGAAUGCUCAACGUCUUUUGAACUCUGGUAAGUUCGUUUUUUCCUUCUCUUGGAGCUACAACACGAAUCAAGUGGACUAUGUGCUUUCUCAUAAGGACAAGUACAACGAGGGACCACACUACCAGCCACCAAUCAUCAACUCAUCGGCCACCGCUGCUAACAAUAACACGUCUUCGUCUUCUCACCAAUACCAUUCCUCUUCUCAAGCCAUUCCAUUAGGAGGACCAACUCAAGGAGGACACUCUUCGUCUUCUUAUACCACGGAGACAAGAGUUACUGGUGGAGGAGGAGUUCCGGUGAGCAACAACAACUACAGUAACCAGAACUACUCGUCAUCGGCCUAUAACUCAUCAUCCACUCAACAACAAACCAAGACCAUUCCGGUUCAGAAUUAUCAGUUCCAUCGUGACUUGGCAUCGCCACUCUCUAGAUCCAUCCCAGAGGAGAACUAUCAAGUUUCUCAAGAUAUUCCACUUCCAUCAGCUGAUCAGGUUUUCGAGAGCUCCAACUACAACAAAAGCUAUUCAAGCCAAACUACAACUCAACAUCAACCACAACCGGUUUUAACUGGAAACAACUAUUCGACUAGCUACCAUACCGAGAGAUCGUCGACUACCACCAACCAACAACCACAAGCGAUUGCUCUUCCACCACCACAAAACCACUCGAGCAGCUAUCACACCGAGACUCACAGCUCCACUGGACCAAUCAUGAUGCACUCCCCAGGAGGUCAUUCCAUGAAGAGCACUGAAUUCUCUUCAAGCCGUCACCACAAACAAGAGACCACCACAACUACGACAACUACUCCACAACCAGUCUUCCAUACAACCACUCUUCCAAUGACCAAGACCACCUCUUACAACUAUUCGUCGUUCAAUGAAACUGAAAAUAAAUUUCAGAGCACCGUCCCAUCUCAACCAGCCAAGCCAUCGUUCAACCAGGAGAGUUACACCUCUCACACCGAGAGAAACAGCUCUUCUCAAGGAUUCCCACAGCAACGACUUCAACCAUCUGGAGGAUAUUCGUAUGAGAAUUAUUCCAGCAGCAGAAAAGAAGAGAGCCGUCGCGAAGAAACGUCUCGUCCAGUGUCUCAACUUUCUCAAUACUCAGAAUCCCGGAACUACAAGAGGAACUACGAAGAGAAGACCGAAACAACAACAGUUCCAGCUGUUGCUCCAGCCACCAACUUCACCUAUAAGGAUCUUUCAAAUGCUCAAUGCGUUGAUGAUGUGUUCAAUAAGAAGACAGAGAUGAAUGAGUCUCUUCCAGUUGGAUCUGUUUUCAAUACUCAUAAUAAUACCGAGGGAGGAUACCGUGACGUCAAUGGACACGACGUCUCCUACAAAAGAGAAACUCAAACAUCAGCUGAUCCAGGACGGGAAACUGCUCUUCUGAAGGAAGAGGAGAAGCGAGUCGUCGAAACUCCACUGGAGCCAGGAGUCAUUUCUCGCCACGUCACCACCAAGUACUAUAAGAAGAAGACUGUCACCGACACCACCACCACCACUGCCUAA